AAAUUUACACACUCGCUGUGAUAUAUGCACAGCGAAGCCUCAACUUUCUCUCUCUGAUUACAUAAUACGCGCACUUUCUCUCUCUUGAUCUCAGUAUUCAAGUGCGUGUUUCUCGACUCACUCACUCUUCGCAGAUCUUACACUCCGAUCUCCAGGCUUCCCAAUUGUAAACAAAAUCUGUGAAAAUGCCGCUCAGAUUAGAAAUCAAGAGGAAGCUUGCACAACGAUCAGAAAGAGUAAAAUCAGUGGAUCUACAUCCAACAGAGCCAUGGAUAUUGGCAAGUUUGUAUUCAGGGACUGUUUGUAUUUGGAAUUACCAGACUCAGACAAUGGUUAAAUCUUUUGAGGUUACAGAACUACCAGUUAGAUCAGCAAAAUUUAUUGCACGGAAGCAGUGGGUUGUUGCUGGUGCUGACGAUAUGUUCAUUCGUGUGUACAAUUACAAUACAAUGGAUAAGGUAAAAGUUUUUGAGGCCCAUACAGACUAUAUCAGGUGUGUGGCUGUUCAUCCAACUCUUCCCUACGUGCUGUCAUCCUCCGAUGAUAUGCUAAUAAAGCUUUGGGACUGGGAGAAGGGGUGGUUGUGCACUCAAAUUUUUGAGGGCCAUUCUCACUAUGUAAUGCAAGUGACUUUUAAUCCGAAAGAUACCAAUACUUUUGCCAGUGCUUCACUUGACCGCACUAUUAAGAUCUGGAAUCUUGGCUCUCCUGAUCCGAACUUUACCUUGGAUGCUCACCUGAAAGGAGUCAAUUGUGUAGAUUAUUUCACGGGUGGUGAUAAACCAUAUCUAAUUACUGGUUCUGAUGAUCACACUGCUAAGGUGUGGGAUUACCAGACAAAGAGCUGUGUGCAGACAUUAGAAGGCCACACACAUAAUGUAUCCGCAGUUUGCUUCCAUCCCGAACUUCCCAUUAUCAUAACCGGUUCUGAGGAUGGUACUGUCCGCAUUUGGCAUGCAACCACCUACAGACUUGAAAACACAUUGAAUUAUGGCCUUGAAAGAGUUUGGGCAGUUGGCUACAUUAAAGGUUCAAGAAGGGUCGUAAUCGGUUAUGAUGAAGGCACAAUCAUGGUAAAGCUUGGCCGUGAGGUACCUGUUGCUAGUAUGGACAAUGGAGGGAAAAUAAUUUGGGCCAAGCAUAAUGAAAUUCAGACUGUCAACAUCAAGAGUGUUGGGGCAGAUUAUGAGGUUGCUGAUGGAGAGAGAUUACCUUUGGCAGUUAAGGAACUGGGAAAUUGUGAUCUUUAUCCACAGAGCUUAAAGCAUAAUCCCAAUGGGAGGUUUGUUGUUGUAUGUGGAGAUGGUGAAUACAUAAUAUACACAGCUUUGGCAUGGAGAAACAGAUCAUUUGGCUCGGCAUUGGAAUUUGUUUGGUCAACCGAAGGAGAAUACGCUGUUAGAGAAAGCACAUCAAAGAUUAAGAUUUUCUCCAAAAAUUUCCAGGAGAAGAAAAGCAUCCGGCCCACUUUUUCUGCCGAGCAUAUACAUGGGGGCAAUUUAUUGGCGAUGUGUUCAAAUGACUUUAUUUGUUUCUAUGAUUGGGCUGAUUGUAGGUUGAUACGAAGAAUUGAUGUCACUGUUAAAAAUCUCUACUGGGCUGAUAGCGGUGAUUUGGUGACCAUUGCCAGUGAUACAUCAUUCUACAUACUUAGAUACAACCGUGAUGUUGUUUCUGCUCAUCUGGAUAGUGGGAGAUCAGUAGAUGAACAAGGUGUGGAAGAUGCUUUUGAGCUUCUUUAUGAAAUUAAUGAACGAGUACGGACUGGACUUUGGGUCGGGGAUUGUUUCAUUUACAAUAACUCUUCCUGGAGACUCAAUUACUGUGUGGGUGGUGAGGUGACAACAAUGUUUCAUUUAGACCGACCCAUGUACCUGCUUGGGUAUCUUGCUAGUCAAAGUCGUGUUUAUCUCCUCGACAAAGAAUUUAAUGUUGUCGGAUAUACAUUGCUGCUCAGCUUGAUUGAAUACAAGACUCUUGUAAUGCGUGGUGACUUGGAAAGGGCGAAUGAGGUCUUACCAUCAAUUCCAAAGGAGCAUCUCAACAGUGUCGCUCGUUUCUUGGAAUCACGAGGUAUGAUAGAAGACGCACUUGAAGUUGCUACAGAUCCUGAUUACAGAUUUGAGUUGGCCAUACAGCUAGGCAAACUAGCGAUUGCUAAGGAAAUUGCAACAGUAGCACAGAGUGAGUCCAAAUGGAAGCAAUUGGGUGAACUAGCCUUGUCUACCGGAAUGUUGGAGAUGGCGGAGGAGUGCUUAAAGCAAGCAAAUGACAUGAGUGGUUUGUUGCUACUCUACUCUUCUUUAGGCAAUGCUGAGGGAAUUUCUGAACUUGCUUCUCUUGCCAAAGAACAUGGGAAAAACAAUGUGGCAUUCCUAUGUUUAUUUAUGUUGGGUAAAUUGGAGGACUGCCUUCAGCUAUUGAUUGACAGCAAUCGGAUACCUGAGGCUGCAUUGAUGGCACGGUCAUACCUCCCAAGUAAAGUGUCAGAUAUUGUUUCUCUUUGGAGAAAGGACCUCAACAAGAUUAAUCAGAAAGCUGCCGAAUCUCUUGCUGAUCCAGAAGAAUAUCCUAAUAUGUUUGAUGAUUGGCAAAUUGCUUUUUCUGUUGAAGCCAAAGCUGCAGAGACAAGGGGAAAAUAUCCUCCAGCAUCUGAAUAUCUGCAGCAUGCUGAUAGAUCAACAGCAAGCCUUGUAGAAAUUUUUAGAAGCAUGCAAAUGGAAGAAGAAGAAGAAGGACUACCAGAAAAUGGAGACUUGGAUUAUGAGGAUGCUGAGCAGAAUGGACAUGAAGCACAAGAAACACAACAUAGCGAGCAAGUAGAAGGGCAUGAUGAUGGCCAGGAAGAGCCUGUUGUGGUGGAUGCCGACUCAACUGAUGGUGCUGUACUUGUUAAUGGCAAUGAGGCUGAGGAAGAGUGGGGUACGAAUAAUGAAGGAAAACCGUCAGCCUAAAAGCAAUUGGUUGGGCCGGUGUGAUAUUCCUAGUUUUGUUGCUGGUGAUUAAUUGAUUUUCUUCUAGUUGCUGCGUUGCCCAGUUUUCGCAGUCUCUCUAUUAUGUUUUAUUAUCUAGACAUAAUUUAUUAUGUGCUUUUAGUGCAUCUUCUUACUUCUCUGAUACUAUACAUCGAUUUUUAUGUGUGUCUAUACAUAGAUUUUUAUAUUUCAGCUGAUGUUGAUUAAUAUUUCGAAGCAAUUAUUUUUAUCCAAGUUUUCUUCUAAGUUUCUUUGGUAAAACCUUUGUCCUAUUUAAAAUAAUCAAAGUUUCUUAAUGUCUCAAAGAUGCUCCUUUUAAAAAUAUGAAAUUUCAAAUCAAUUCGCAUAUUUAAGUUUCAUUUUCAAAUUAUAUUUAGAUGCUGCUUUAAUUUGUACAUGAUGCCUUAACCUUGUCAAAACUUAUAUGAAGUCUUGUUUUUAGUGGGUUGGCCAUCACAUUUACUGGUCAUGUUAUCAUCUUAUGUAGCAGUUCUUUUAAUGGUCGACCCUUAUUUUUUUCUCCCCUUUUGCUCAUAUUCCAGUGCUUACACCACGUCACUGAGGCCAGAGAAGACAGACGGUUCCAGCUGCAUGCAGUUUCUCUCGUGGUAAGGCUCUUUAACUUCCUUAAAUAAUUCAGUUAUUUUGUAAUGUUACGAGAUCUGCACAGUUUGUCCAGAUCUCUGUUGCUGAAAGGGUUGUUUGCCCGACUAAAUUUAGUUCUCGUAUGCCCAGCAUCUAUAUUGGCUGCCCGGAAGAGGCGAUCAGGGGGCCGGGUGUCUUUCUGCAAGUGUUGAGAUAAGCGCAAUUAUUUUUGUUAUUGGGGCAUACAUACUAUACUACUGUAGACUUUGGAGUUCCUAUUUUUUCUAGUUUAGUUCUCUCUCUCCAUGCUAAUUUCCCUCAGACUUUGUCAUGCGGCGUUGUGAAUUGUAGAUACAUAGUAGUGUUAUAGAAUUUACCCCUCAUAUAUUGUAUGCAGAAUUUUGUUAUUGUACCCUUAAAUCAUGUCACCUUCAUAGCAUAAAUUCAACUUUUCGAAUCA